ACCUAUCGAACGACAGACCAUCAACCCUUCUUCACAAACAAAAAUUAUAAUGUUUAAUAAUUUUUGUCCAAUUGAUUGGAUAAUACAGCCAGUUCAAUGUCAAGAUGGUCCCUCGUUUUUAAAACGUGCCAACACCGAUAAAUUACGAGAAGUCUUCCUUAAGUACGCCUCAUAUCAAAAGAAUGGUGAACAUUUUAUGACCAGUGAGGAUUUUGUGCGAAAAUUUUUGGGUCUAUUCACAGAUGUUGCAUUUAAUGAUGAAUCAGUGCGUUUAUUAGCUGGUAUUGCCGAUACCAGUAAAGAUGGUCUUAUAUCAUUCUCAGAAUUUCAAGCUUUCGAAGGUCUAUUGUGCACACCAGACGCUUUAUAUAAAACAGCUUUUCAAUUAUUCGAUCGCCAAGGAAAUGGAACAGUGUCUUAUGCUGAUUUUGCUGAAGUCGUACAAAAAACCGAGCUACAUUCAAAAAUACCCUUCAGUUUAGACAGUCCGUUUAUCAAAAGAUAUUUUGGUGAAAAAAAACAACGUUUGAUUAAUUACGCUGAAUUUACUCAAUUACUUCAUGAUUUCCAUGAAGAAUAUGCGAUGGAAGCAUUCCGUAGCAAAGAUCCAGCUGGUUCUGGAUAUAUUUCCCCCUUAGAUUUUCAAGAUAUUAUGGUUAAAGUGAAAAGGCAUUUACUCACAGCCGAUGUUAAAGAUAAUUUGGUAGCGGUCACCGAAGGCCAUAAGGUAAGCUUUCCAUAUUUUAUGGCUUUCACGUCGUUACUAAAUAAUAUGGAAUUGAUAAAACGCAUCUAUUUACAUGCUACACAAGGUAAUCGCACAGAGCCCGUUACCAAAGAUGAACUAUUGUUUGCCGCUCAGACAAUGAGUCAAAUAACCCCAUUGGAAAUUGAUAUAUUAUUCCAAUUGACAGGGGCAUUGCAACAGUCGGGUCGCAUAGUUUAUAGCGAUUUAAGCAUUAUCGCUCCAGAACAUUAUACAAAGCAUAUCACAACAAGAUUGGCCGAAAUUAAGGCAGUCGAAAGUCCAGCAGAUCGAUCAGCAUUUAUACAGAUUUUGGAGAGUACCUAUCGUUUUACAUUGGGUUCAUUGGCUGGUGCCGUUGGUGCCACUGUCGUCUAUCCCAUCGAUUUGGUAAAGACACGUAUGCAAAAUCAACGCACAGGCUCAUUUAUUGGUGAAGUGGCCUAUCGAAAUUCCUGGGAUUGUUUUAAAAAGGUUAUCCGUCACGAAGGUGUCUUAGGUCUAUAUCGUGGUCUAUUGCCACAAUUAAUGGGAGUAGCGCCCGAAAAAGCCAUUAAAUUGACUGUCAACGAUUUGGUGCGUGAUAAAUUUACCGAUAAACAAGGUGUCAUCCCCCGAUGGGCUGAAGUUUUGGCCGGUGCAUGUGCUGGUGGCUCACAAGUGGUAUUCACAAAUCCCUUGGAAAUUGUUAAAAUUCGUUUACAAGUUGCUGGUGAAAUUGCUGGCGGUGGUAAAGUUCGUGCCUUAUCCGUUGUCCGUGAAUUGGGUUUAUUUGGCUUGUACAAAGGUGCACGCGCCUGUUUAUUGCGUGAUGUACCAUUUUCGGCCAUAUAUUUCCCAACAUAUGCUCAUACCAAGGCAAUGUUUGCCGAUGAAGAUGGCUACAAUCAUCCUCUGACCUUAUUGGCGGCUGGUGCCAUUGCGGGUGUACCUGCUGCCUCCUUGGUAACUCCUGCCGAUGUGAUAAAGACCCGUCUACAAGUUGUGGCACGUUCUGGACAGACCACAUAUACUGGUGUCUGGGAUGCCACAAAGAAAAUUAUGGCUGAAGAGGGUCCUCGGGCCUUCUGGAAGGGAACAGCCGCCCGUGUCUUCCGUUCAUCACCACAAUUUGGUGUUACUCUAGUUACCUAUGAAUUGUUACAACGUCUCUUCUAUGUCGAUUUCGGUGGCUCACAUCCCACCGGUUCGGAAGUGCACAAGCCCAAACCCAUUGAUACAUCCAAUGUACGCAUCAAUCCCGAUCACAUUGGUGGUUAUCGCGCUGCAGUACCUUUACUAAAUGGCAUCGAAUCGAAGUUUGGUCUAUUUCUACCACGUUUCGGAUUUUCAACACAACAACAGACACCUGCCUCGGGAGCAAGUAAAACCUCCUCAUGAUGACGAUAUCGUAGUUUAUAUUAAGUUCUUCUUUGAU